AUGGUAGGUUUGCCAUUCGAGGAGGACCCGAUCGCCAUCGGGGCUUUCCAUGUCAUGGCCAAGGGAAUCCUCAUAGUGAAUUCCGCAGGAAACAGUGGUCCACAACCUAGCACCGUCUCUAGCACUUCUCCGUGGAUCUUCACUAUCGCUGCUAGUAAUACAAACCGGGCGUUUGUCACCAAAGUUGUUCUCGGAGAUGGCAAGACAAUUGUCGGAAGAUCGGUAAAUUUUCAUCUGAACGGAAUAAAGUAUCCUCUAGUAUACGGAGGAUCGUCUUCAAGUAGGUGCGAUGCUGCUUCCACCGGGUUUUGCUCACCAGGGUGUUUAGACAGUAAACGUGUAAAAGGAAAGAUUGUGUUAUGCGAUUCCCCGCAAAAUCCCAAAGAAGCUCAAGUUAUGGGAGCCAUCGCAUCCAUUGUUAGGAGCCGCCAUGCAGACGUGGCAAGUAGAACCAAGAUCCUCGCUGUUUAUUCUCUUGAUGCCCCACCGAGCCAAUCAGACACAAGGCGUGUAAACUACUCCGUUUUAGGCGGAACUUCAAUGUCUUGUGUAGCCGCCUACCUAAAAACGUUUCACCCACGGCGGUCUCCUUCCAUGAUCCAAUCCGCCAUCAUGAGUACCGCUAGGCCAAUGAAUACAUCUACUUCUCCGUUUGAUCAUAUGGCCGAGUUUGCUUAUGGAGCUGGCCACGUCAAUCCGAUAGCCGACUGGUCUAUGAACUACACGGCAAAGAGUUUAAGACUCAUUUCGGGUGAAAACCGCAGUUGCAGUGAAGAACAGAGCCAAUCAUUAGCAAUAAACCUCAACUACCCUUCCAUGACGGUUAAAGUCCGGGAAACAAAACCAUUCAACCUGAAUUUUCGUAGAACAGUCACAAACGUUGGUAUGGCAAAGUCUACUUACAAAGCCCAAGUACUCGGAUCAGAACUCACCAUCAGGGUUGUUCCAGAUUUCUUGUCACUCAAAUCUAUGUACCAGAUGAGGUCUUUCACCGUUACGGUUUCAGGCCAAGGUCCCGAAGCUGACAAACUUGCAUCGGCACAUUUAAUCUAA